AUCUUCCCCAUCCGACGUGUCACUCUCAACCUCAGACUCCCCUCUUCUCUCGCACAUAAUUUAGGGUUCAUCUCAGCUUCGUCUCGUUCUUCUGUCUCUGCCCCUCAAUCUUAAUCUCUCUUUCCGGUCUCUGCUUUUCUUGUUCUUCGGCAGCCAACAUCGGCAGUGCUUCAAAAUUGAUUACCCUAUCCAAACUCUGUGGAGUACCGUUCAAUUUUAGUCACUCAAUAAGGGGAUUUUCUGCGCCAAACCUUAAAGAUGAGUGGUGUCAGUGUUAUACGCUCCGCUCGUAUCUUCUUCAUGCCAAAUGACUGUCUCAUUCCUACUCAAAGUUUUGUUUUAUAUAGGGUUCAGGUCUCAUUCUCAAGGAAACUCUUUUCUUGCCGAGCUAAAUUUGCAGAUUCUGAGAUAGAUGAUGGAUCGGUGAACUUAAAGGUUGUAUCUCCAGCCCUUCUAACUGCUGAAAAAGAAGAGGCCAAGGCAGUUUUAACCUUAUUUUUAAAGAAACAAGGUUUAAGCAAUGCAAUUGCUGCAAGAACAAUAAACAAGUCUGAUCUCUUCAUCAAUCAUCUUCUCUUGAGGCUUCAUUUGAUUCAUAAAUCUCGGUAUCUAGUAGGGCGAGAGUUGACAACACUUGAGAUUAGAGAUGCUUUGAAUCCUUAUCUUGAGUCUCUUUUUGAAGAGCAUGGGACUCAUCUCGUACAUGCUGUGGAAAACUUUCCGAAUCGUUCUAUUAAGGAAAAGACUACUACGACAGUUCCCGUCUCGAAUUCAACAAUUGACACGAAGAAGCUGAGAGCUGUCUCUCGAGUGAGUGAAUUAGGUCCUACUGGAAAGCUUCGACCUCAGAUUCUUUACCUGAUGGAGCAUGGCUUAAAACUUGAGCAAAUUAAGGAAAUUACUCGCAAAUUCCCAGCUUUUGCUUACUACAGCUUGGAGGGGAAAAUAAAGCCUGUGAUCGAGUUUUUUCUUGAUCUUGGGGUGCCAAAAUCUGAUAUCCCUACUAUCCUCAACAAGAGGCCACAGUUAUGUGGAAUUAGUCUGACUGAAAAUCUAAAACCAACAAUGUUAUUCUUAGAAACUUUGGGUGUCGACAAGAAACAAUGGGCGAAAGUAAUAUACCGUUUUCCAGCGCUUCUCACCUACAGCAAACAGAAGGUUGAGACAACUACUGGUUUCCUCUAUGAAAUGGGAAUCUCAGAGGAGAGCGUUGGUAAAAUAUUGACCCGUUGUCCACACAUCAUAAGUUACAGUGUGGAGGAAAAGUUAAGGCCCACAGCUGAAUAUUUUCAUUCACUGGGAGUCGAUGUUGCUGUCCUUUUGUAUCGUUCCCCUCAGACGUUUGGUCUUAGUAUCGAGGGCAAUUUGAAACCGGUGACGCAGUUUUUCUUGGAGAGGGGCUACAGCAUGGAGGAUGUUGGAACCAUGAUCUCAAGAUAUGGAGCGUUGUAUACUUUCAGCUUGGCUGAGAAUAUAGUGCCAAAAUGGGAUUUCUUUCUAACCAUGGAGUACUCAAAAUCAGAGCUAAUCAAAUUCCCCCAAUAUUUUGGUUACAGCUUGGAGGGGAGGAUUAAACCAAGGUAUGCAAUUAUGAAGAAGAGCGGGGUGAUGUUGUUACUGAACCAGUUAUUAACAUUAUCAGAUACCGACUUUGACACGGCAUUAAAAAAGAAAAUGAACAAGUUGGUUCCCAAGAAUUGACUUGACUUUCUAUGAGAACGAACAAGACUGAUAUACUGGAAGCGUUUAUGAUCGAUGGCGUAUGAGAUAUCUGGCCUUACAAGUAAUUCUGUUGCAGUGCCUUGACUGAAACACGAGAUACGGUGUGUCGGGAUGAUCGGAAAUUUGGCAUUUGAAUUGUGGAUAUGGAAUGGAAGGCAGAGUGCCUCGCUCUCUGUUUACUUGGCCUGGAGUUGCCUUCUUGGGUCCUGAUUGAUCCAUCUCUGUUUUUGUUCUCGUGUUCAUCAUUUUCCAACAAUGUAAUAGUUUUAGUACUGAAGCCUUAGUCUGUACAAAAUUUCAAAUAAAUCAAAUUCUGGGGAAAAUAUGAAUAGAUCAAUUCCAAGAA